GGUUUUCUAAAAUCAUCUGCACAUGCUUCAUUUCUGUUGACCUGCAUCAUCGCAUCUGGUGUCUUGCUGUCCACAUGCCUUGCCCGGUUCAAUAUGGGCCUUGGUCUUUGUUCUCAUGCUGCACGUUGCUCAAGAUCACGCAAUAUUUUUGUUAUGUAGGCCUAGAUCUCACUUUAAUCGACUCUGUCAUUCCUCUGAAUCCUUUGAAAACUUUCAUACUCGUUCAAGCAUGUGCUCAGGGCAUCACCGAGCGAGGCCAGGAAGUUUGUAGAAUCAUGCACUCUCAUUGUCACUCCAUGUCACCUGGCAUUUAAUGAGAGGUGAUAUCGCUUUUCAUCAAAUUUUUUGAUUCUCAAAAGCUGAAUAACCA